GGCACGACCUUUUGAACAACGACAACACCUUUGUUUAUUUCAGGCACUGUGGUAGACUUUGGUACAAGUGUAAAUGAUACCGCCAUAACAGUCUCCGGAAAUGACGAUUUCUACGGACCUGUUGAUACACCUAUUGGAUUUGCGUGUGAUUGUGAAUGGUCAAGACAGCUUCAUAUAUCUGUCAAUGGGUUUGUUAUACUAGGGUCAAGAUGGGGCUCUGCCCCUCCAAGACCACCUGUCAUUCCCACUGAUCCAGCCGAUACAAAUGGCGUAAGGCCACACAUUAUUGCCCCAUUCUGGACAGAUCUGAAGUUCAAAACAGGGAUUUCGAAUGUAUGGUAUCAGACAUACUAUGAAUAUGCUCCAGCUAACAGUGGGUGGAAUAGUAACCUGACAUUGAUACAGAAGUUUAAGGUUGAGAGCAGAGAGUUUGAUGGGUUUGAUCUACGGCAAGCUGUAGUUAUCACCUGGGAAAAAAUGGUCCCUACAGAUGUAGAUGAGGCUUCAUCGACAGAGCUGAUGACUUUUCAACUAGUUAUGAUGACAGAUGGGGUGAGCAACUUUGCCGUUUUUAAUUAUGGAGCAAAUAGCUGGAGUACCACAAAGCGUGUGCGAAGACCAGCUUCGAUGUCAUGGCAGUGUAGUGAGAGAUACUACAGAAACACAUUCUCCCGAUCUACAAGUAUAUAUGACGAGGCUUUUACAAAUACCAAUGUUAAUGCAAGCGGAGAUAUUGAUCCAAGAGGCAGAUGGUUGUUUAAACUGGAUUUUUGCCCAUCAACUCACAAAAAUUAUCGUGACAGUUGUUACGGAUGGAGCUACAGUGAGUCCAAUACGGCAGGUCGAGAUGGUCUUGUAGCCGAAAUAGAUGAGACCUUGCCAAAAUGUCCGUGUGAUUCGGGUCGUGCUGAGGUUGAUAAAAGAUUUGAGAAAAUGACUGGUGGCACUGGUUUGUGCUAUACAACAAGUUUUCCAGCAAAGGAAAAUUAUGGAAGUCGAUUAUGUUGCUAUGAAACUGGUACCACAAGUUUGUUGACUACUAUACCAGGAGCUGGUUUCCUAAGUUUGUACAAUCCUCUUAGAGCUGCAGUACUCUACCAGGAUCAAGACCUGGAACCAUACAGAUGGUGUUGUGAGAGAACUGAUCUGUGUGACCUGUUCAUGCAGAAAAGACCUGUAGAUGACUGUACUGCCUACGAAGCUCCUACCCCAGGUUUCAUGUAUGGAGAUCCACAUAUAAGAACCCUGGAUGGUCUAGAGUUUACAUUCAAUGGACACGGGGAGUACACAUUGCUGCAGAUAACAAACAGUAUCAGUGGCGAUGUUGUAUUUGUAAUGCAAGGUCGGACUGAGCGUGUAAACUCUACGAGAACAAAUGAAAUGAUAAAUGCGACGGUGUUUACGGCUUUCACAGCAGAAGAUAAAAUAAAUGGUGGAUACUUUCAUGUGGAAGAAAAUAUUGCAAAAGAUGGCUUUAUACUGUAUAGUUACAUCUGGUCAGAGGCAGUAGACCACACUCUUGAUUUCCUGGGAGAUGUUUCUACAAUUGUUCAUAAAGAUGUCAUUAUUCGCAAAAUCUCCAACACACGUAUGGAUGUUGUCUUCUCAAAUGGUAUCACAGUUAAUGUGGAUAUAUCUCUGGAGUUAUUAGAUGCAUCACUAACUAUCCCACAACAUUUUCGUGUAAACCAUACUAGUGCAGGUCUCUUUGGAAAUGAUGACGGCAAUCCAACCAAUGACUUUGGCUUUCAGAAUGGAACAAUACUACCAUCAAACAUAACGGAAAGAGAGAUUUUUGCUUAUGCAGAAACAUGGAGAACUACACCAGCAACAAGUCGGUUCCAGUAUCGAGUUGGGUACCAGCAUGCAGACUACCAGUUCCCAGAUUUCCAACCCCUUUUCCUUGAGGACUAUAAUGGUACCCAGCUUACUGAUGCAGAAAAGCUGUGUGGCUCUGGAAACAACAUUGCCUGUGUUUUUGACUACCUGGCAACACUAAAUGAGGCGAUUGCCAACCAGACAAAAAAGGCAACAGACGAUGCAGAGGUCGUUUCCAUGGAAGCCAAAAAUUCUGCUCCUACUGUAAGAUUUGUAAACAGCAAAAUUAAUGUCAUUGUUGGGGAUACAGUUUUGAUAGAAGUGAAAGUAGAAGACCAAGACUUUGAAAAUGUUACUCUGUAUUUUAAUGGACCGGAAGCAAUAACAGAGACAGGAAAUAAUUUCACAUUUACAUAUUCAUGGACUGUUGAAAAUACACAACCAGUCAAUAUAAGUGUUUAUGCACGGGAUAGUCUGGUAUCGUCGUCACUGUUGAGGCUACAAGUGUCUAUAUGCAGCGGUUGCAACGGAAAUGGGGACUGUGUGUUUGGUAAUCCAAUAGCUACUUGUAGCUGCCGAAUUGGAUGGGAAGGUGAUAACUGUGAUGUUGAUAUAGAUGAUUGUGAAACUAAACCUUGUGCUGGUAAUGCUCUUUGUACUGACUACAAACCAGAAGAACAUCAACGACUUGGUAUUGGUUACGACUGCCAGUGUGCUGCAGGAUACACAAAAGUUGGUGGAAAAUGCAUUGAUGUGGAUGAGUGUUUACAGGACUCACCAUGUGAUCAGAUAUGCACAAAUACUGAAGGAUCUUACAUGUGCUCAUGUUAUACAGGCUAUAGCAGGAUCCCAGGGACAUGCCAAGACAACAAUGAAUGUGUGCUGGGAACCAGUCAGUGUGAACAUAUUUGUGAAAACACCCCUGGCAACUACAGCUGUUCCUGUCGCAGUAACUACACACUGGAGAGUGAUGGUGUAUCUUGUAAAAUUGAGGAGACGUUUAAACAGCUUUGUACACAGAAAGGAUGUGAAGACUGUACUGGAGAUGUUGAGGGAGGGGUCAGUUGUUUCUGUAAAAUGGGUUACACACUUGCAGCUGAUGGGCGGACAUGUGAAGAUGUGGAUGAGUGUGAAUCACCGAGCUGUUCCCAGAACUGCACAAACACUGUAGGAUCAUACAAGUGUAGCUGCUUUGAUGGAUACAAACUCUCAGAUGACAGGCACAGUUGUAUACCAUGUGAAGAUGGAAAGUGGGGACUAGACUGUGGUAACACAUGUAACUGUGUUCAAGCUGUGUACUGUGACAAGUCGUUCGGCUGUGUGUGCCAGACGGGCUGGACAGGGACCCUCUGUGACGUGGACAUAGAUGAAUGUCAGGCUGAGAUAGAUCCAUGUAGUGUACUCCAUGAUUGCAAAAAUACCCAGGGAUCAUAUGUUUGUAAUUGUAAAGAAGGGUACUUGGAAAAUGCAAGAAAAUCCUGUGAAAAUAUUGAUGAGUGUUUGGUAGGGGGAAAUAAUGAUUGCGAUGCAGAAACACAAGUGUGUGUAGAUUUGUCUCCCUCUUUUACCUGUAAGUGUGCCCAGGGAUACAGCGACACUGGAUCUGGCUGUAAAGAUAUAGAUGAAUGUAGUAUAAAGCACGAAUGUGAACAGAACUGCCAAAAUGUGAAUGGCUCAUACAAUUGUCACUGUCAUAUUGGAUAUUUGCUGCGGGAUGAUCGCAGAACAUGUGAAAAAUCAUCAGACCCAUGUGCAGGAAGUCUCAACAAUGUGACUUAUGAUACAUGUGUAGGUCAAGGUGCAUAUGGGUGUAUGAAUGAUUCAAACAAUGGGGUAUGUUUCUGUGCACAAGGAUACAAGCUAAAUGUUAAUGGAAGUUGUGAAAGCAUUAAUGAAUGUGAUGAUAACGAUGGAGGUUGCAGUGAUACAUGCGUUGAUUUGGAGGUCGGUUAUUCAUGUAGAUGUAGGUUGGGGAGACAACUCCUCAAUGAUGGUCUUACUUGCCAAGCCUGUAAUAAAACCUUUAUGUGGGGAACCAGCUGUGAAAACAAAUGUAACUGUGGUCCUGGUUCCCAGUACUGUGACAGCUAUAGCGGAUGCAAGUGCCAGACAGGGUGGACUGGUUCUUCAUGCAAUAUAAAUACCAAUGAAUGUGAAACUGGGACAGUCUGCACCGAGAACCAGGUGUGCGUAGAUACUCCAGGAACCUAUAUUUGUGCAUGCAGAGCCGGGUACAAGCGCAGUAAUGAUGGUUUGAAGUGUAUUGAUGUUGAUGAAUGCAAUGAGCAACAUGAAUGCAAUCAGCGCUGUGUUAACACAGACGGGUCAUACUCUUGUGCAUGUAGAGCAGGAUUUGAAUUUGAGGCUAAUUCUACCUCCCACUGUAUCAAUAUUGAUGAAUGUCUCCAUAAAUCUGACAGCUGUGAGCAGGAGUGUGUGGAUAAUGAUGGAAGCUUCUCAUGUUUCUGUAGGGAAGGCUUUACACUGUCUACUGAUCAAAGAACAUGUAUCAAGGAUGAAACUGUUCAUCCUUGUGAGACAUUUAACACUGUCUGUGAGUAUGGAUGCCGCUUAGAGAAUGCCUUACCUGUAUGUUACUGUGCUGCUGACUUUAAACUGGAUCUUUCGGAUAAAUCAUCUUGCAUAGCUUUGAACAACAAAUUAUGGACGAAAAUAGACUUGGAUCUAGAUUACCUACCAGUGUAUGAGAGGCAUUCAUCUCAGGAGUACAGGGACUUAAUCAGUGACCUCAGAGAGGCAUUCAUAGUGCUCUACCAAUCAGCAAAUCUGGCAAAGUUUACAGAUGUCAGGAUUGAAAAUAUUUCGUCUACUUUCGAAGUAGAGCAUGUAGUCAUUUUUGAUGUGGAAAAUAUUUCGUCAUCUAUGGAGCUUGAAUUGGCUGCUUUACUAAAGAAUGCAAGAGAGAGAGAAGAAGUGAUCCAGGUUGGACAGAAAGUUACAGACAUUGAGCGGGAACCAACCAUAGCAAAGUCAGCUCUAGGAUUACCAUCAUUUGUGACAUGUAUUGUGUGCAGCCCAGCAGAAUGUGCUCUAGUUGACAUGGCAGCAGAUCGUUAUUCUUGUGAAAUACAACCAGAUGUUGGAAAAUAUGUUGACAUUCAGUUGGAAGUGAGAAAGAUAUUUGACAGGAACUUAAUUAAUAAACUUUCAACAGAUUAUGCUCAACUUUCACAAACAGUUGAAUUGUCUUUACGUACCCUUUUCAGCAGUGUGUCUGGAUUUGCCGGACUAGGUCCCAAAAUAUUUACUGAGGGAAGCAUCAGUAACCAAGGCAGUACAGUUAUAGAGACUUCAGUGUUGUUCAACACAACAGUUGGACCAGAGCAGAUGUCUGCAGUUGCCCAGAGACUUGUAGACUUAGACUCAAACGAUUGUUUACACAUUAAUGAUGCUUGUGUGACAUUAGUAGGGCAGACUUCCUUUGGACCCAGAGGGGCUAAAGCUGUUUGCCAGACAUGUAAAAACAAUGAAGACUGCAAGAAAAGUGAAGUAGAUGGAGAGUAUAGUUGUAUUCUGAAGGAAGAGACCCCAACACCGUCAGAUAAUUCAGACUUAAUUCUUGGUCUAGGUAUUGGACUUCCGAUGUUCCUGAUAAUCUUCGCCGUUAUAAUUAUAAUAAUUGUCUUCUGUAUACGCCGACGACGUGAGAGAGAUGAGUCACGUCCAUCAUUUGAUAAUGAUCCAUAUCGUAUGAGACAGGCAUUUGGAACGGUAAGUUCAGCAUUCAGCGGUAGACAACAUAGUGAUUUAAGCGAGACGGGAGGAUUGUUCAGUCGACAGUAUCGUAAACAUUGGGAGAAACCACAGAUUGACGAACCUUCCACUGUUAUAAACUACUAUAGAGAUCCUGAAAGAAGUGACUAUUACAGACAAAUUUAUCCCCCUUUAACAAGAUCUGUUAUACAACCUAGUGCCCCUCAAGAGGAACCUAGAGUAACAUCGGAUUUUUCAUGGGAUUUCCUGUAUAACGCCCUAGAACCUAAUGCUGAGUUCCGAAUACAGAGACCAAAAGUGGAAUCCAAACCUGCUGAAGUGUAUCAGGGUACGAUUCCAGACUCGCAGGCAUAGAAGCCAUGUAUGGGGGAUUGUAUUGUUGACAGUUUUAAGAGAUUAAAAUGUGUUCAUAAUGUACAUAAUUGUAAGUGUACUUAAUUGGCUGGUUUUAAUGGAUGAUGUUAUCAUACUGGGGGACAGAGUUUGUUUUGUAUGUGUGUGUGUAAGCACAAUGUUUUCAUGCCUCUGACAAUGAACAAGUUCUGAAUCUCUAUUUACUAUUGUUAAAAUACUGAUGAAAUCAGAUUUUGUUAAUAGGUAUGUUUAAAGACUUGAACAGUUUUGUAAUAUUUCCAUAUAAAAAUCUCAUUGUUUACAUGUGUAUUAAGGGAAAUAUGAGAAGUCAUAAUGAAAGUGUGUUUUUUUUCUUUAAAACAAGGACCAAAAAGCAUAUUUUUAUCACGAAAAUAAGAUUGUUUUCUCGAGAAAAGUUGAUUAAUAUUAUUUACUGUUAAAGUAAACAAUAUAAUUAUUUUAUUUUUUUCAAAUAAAGUUAAGAAGAUAUUACUCUUGCAUGUAUUUAAUAAAAUAAAAACUCAUAGUGAAACUUAAUUAUGACAUUCAUUUAUCAUUGGUUGUGACUUUGUUAAGACAAUUAUUUGCUCAUUAAACCCUAUUUUCAACAGUGAAACUUGCAAUAAGAUAGAAAUUCUAAAAUGCUAGUUGGUUUAAUAAAUAAAACACAGAGACUUCAAAUUUAGAAAAGACUUGAAUUAAUGUGUUCAAAUAGUUAUUUUAUUGAUUAUACUUAUUAAACGAUUGUUGCAAAGUUAAUUUGUUAAAGAGCUUAUACAUGUAUAUUUUUUGAGUUAUUUUAUAUGUACGUGUAUAUUUUAAAGAAAAUUUUGUUGUAUAUUUUGAUAAAACAUCUAUUUAACAAUUGAUGACACACUUUAUAUUAAUAUACAUGUAGAGACUUUGAAAAUCUAUGAUUUACAGAUAACUCAUUUCUACAUAUUAAAGAGAUGUUCAUAUAUUUGAGCAGGUUUUGUACAUUAAAUUAAUGUGGUUUACAUUUAUGUUUGUCAUUGAAAUUUACAUUUUAGUACUACAACAGAAAAUGUUAAACAUUUAUGAAAAUAAGGAUGCCUUGGUAUAAAUAAAUGAGGCUUUGUUAUGAA